AUGGCAAGCACCCGCACGAACCUCACCGACGUUGUCCGCUCGGUACAGCUGCUCAGGGUGAACGGCUACUGCAUGACCAAGACCAUGGACAGCCUAGAGGGCUGCAUCAAAUCCAGAUGGAACGUCUACGGGUACGACUGGGAGAUCCACCUGUAUACCGCAGGGUUGCCUGGCCACCAUUCCAUGUACUUUUCGUGCAUAUGGGUGAAGCUCUUCUUCCUCGGUGAAGCCCGGACGCGCAACGUGAAGGCUACUCUGGGCUGUCGCCUGGUCGAUCCGAGGGGGAAGCUUAAACCAUCCGAAGAGAAGAGGCGUGUUGGAACAUUCAAGAAUCCGCAUGACACCUCGUCUACGUUCUCGCUCAUUGAAACAAGCGCUCUAGAAGGGUCGGGCUAUCUCAGGGAUGAUUCAUUCACAGUGCAGUGCACCAUCACCGUGCUGAAGGAAAUUCCAGAUCCGGCAGCUAUCUCGGUUAGAGACAUGGAUGUGCCGCCCUCCAACUUACACGAGCACCUCGGCGAGCUCCUGAGGAGCGGGACCGGAGCGGACGUCACGUUUCUUGUCGCCGGCGAGUCCUUCGCCGCGCACAAGGCCAUACUUGCUGCAAGGUCCCCCGUUCUCAUGGCCGGGUUCUUCGGAGAGAUGAAAGAGAGGAGCUCUGGACGCGCUGAGGUCAAGGACAUGGAGGCAGCGGCCUUCAAGGCCACGCUGCACUUCGUCUACACCGACACGGUGCCUGAACUUGCUGAUGAGACGGAGACGGUUAUGGUUAUGGCUCAGCAUCUGCUUGCUGCUGCUGACAGGUUCGGGCUGGACAGGCUCAAGCUGAUUUGUGAAGGCAGGCUCUCUGGUGGCAUCAGCGUCGACACGGCAGCGACCACUCUGGCUCUAGCGGAGCAGCAUAGCUGUUCCUUGCUCAAGGCAAAGUGUUUGGAGUUUAUAGUCAGAACUCCGGCAACUCUAAGUGCGGUCAUGGCGACGGACGGGUAUCAGCACCUAGAGGCAAGCUGCCCCUCGGUGCUGCGCGAGCUUCUCAAGUCCGCCCGUGGCAGAAAGCGUAGCUACUAG